UUGGUUGGGUUUGGAAGCUCCACCCCUAUGCCUGGGUGUGCCUCAGUAUAAAGUAGAGCAAGGCAGGGCAGUGGAAGGCAGGCGGUUGGCGUGGACGGUCACUGGGCAUUCCUCUCCUCUCAAGCCUCAGCUCUUCAUCACUCAGCAGUGCCAGCGCUGCUCACCAUGGCACCUUCUAAAGCUAACCUAGAGAUGGAGCGCCGCAAGAGUGAUGUGCCGUUCGAGGGGGAUGCGGAGGGGCCAGGAGUGCUUGGCGGCCUUACCACCGCCCUCACGCACCUCAGCCUCCACCCUGACACCCCCCCUAAGGACCUGGCCAAGCUGGAGGAUCACCUGUCGCAGAUCACACUUGAUGACACACAGACACAGGAGGAAGACUUCAAGAGGCACAAAGAGGAGGAGGAGGAGAAGGAGGAAGCAGAACCACUGAAGAAGAGGGAGACUGAGGAGGAAGAUUUAAAGAGACAAGAAGAAGAGGAGGAGGAGAAGAAGAAAAUCAAGGAGAAAGAAGCAGAGAAGAGUGAGACGGAAGAGGAGGAGGAGGAGAAGGAGAAAAUCAAGGAGAAAGAAGCAGAGAAGAGUGAGACAGAAGAGGAGGAGGAGGAGAAAGAGGACAAAAUAAAGAAGGAAUCAGAGCAGAGUGAGGCAGAAGAAGAGGAGGAGGAGAAGGCUACUGUUGACGCAUCAAAGAAGAAAGGAGAAGUUGUAGAUGAAAAGAAGCCAUCAGAGGGAAAGAUUCUCCAGGAAGUCAAAGAGGAGAAAGACAGCAGAGAAAAGGAUGAGAAAGAAGAGGAGGAGGAGGAGGAGGAGGAGGAUGGUGAAAAGGAGUCAGAUGAUGAAAACCCAACGGACGAAGAGGUCAAUGCUCAGGCCAGGAAGCAAAAACUGCGCUCACGUGGACUGAUGCAUCAGGGUGUGGGGCAUGGGUACGCUCCCUCGUCACAUCUGGACUACCAAGGCUUCCAGCAGCAGCCACAGCAGCAACAGAUUCUCUACCAGCAGCCACCCCUCGCCUCACACCACAUUGGGCUGUCAAGUCCGCAGUAUGGCGAGGCGGCGGGGUAUGCUGGUGCCUCCCCAACACACAGCGGCGCCAAGGGGGAGAUGCAGUGGUACAGUGGCGGUGGUGUUCAGCUUGAGACAGAGUGUGGCACGAGUCUCUUCCCUUCCUUGGCCGAGGGUAGCCCAGCCUCUAUCUGCUCCUCAGGCGACAGUGACUCCCCACGUGUAGUCUGGGGUGGGUACGGGACCCUGGACUCACCCCAACCGCAGUACCAGGAUGGGAACGCCUCCUGCUACGCCCAGCCAUGUCAGGACUCGCCCUACACACACUACCAAGCCUCGCCAAACUGCCAGUACCAGCUCUCGCCACCACACUACCCCGACAAUGCCCUUCCCCAGUACGCAAGUUACCAGGACCCCUUGGACGCAGGUUUCCAGGAUCAAGGGUACCAGGAUCAGAGUUACCAGAUGUCGCCCUUCCUGGAUGGUGGCUGUGUGGGGACACUGGUUCAUAGCACGCCAGUCACACCUCCGCUGAGUCCGCCCAACGCCGAGACAAGAAUGGAAGUGAAAGGAAACCAACUGGACCAAAUUUGUGAGGCCUUUGAAUCAAUCAUGGAGGACAAUGAGCCUAGGAUUCCACAGGACGAGAAGAGGAUUAUAGAGAUCAAGAAGAGCCUCCUGGACAUCAAGCAAGUCCAUAAUCUGCAAGAGGGCCUUGACGAGGAGAAGUACAGGGAGUAUUAUGGGGCCUGUGCUAUACUGAUUGACGAGAACUUUGUGGAGCCUGACGAAGACGGGGACAUUAAGAUCAUGCUCGCGGCCAGCCAGGGUCAGACUCAGCCGGGGUACGAGGAGCGUCUGGUGGCCAUGACGGAGAGGGUGCAGAACAUCAACUUGUGCUGUAACACCGUGGUGGACUGGCACGUUGACCACUGCCGCCUCUGUGGAAACACCAACAAAGAACUCUUCUACUCGCCCCUCAGCUGGAUGAACAAUUACGGCCAGAUGGUGUUGAGCAAUGUGGUGUCGGAGAUGUACCCGCUGCUGGUGGUCCAGUACCUCACCAAGAAGGUCAUGCAGCGCCCCAUGGACCUCCAGCGGACCUUCACCAAGCACUACCAGCUCUUCUUCACCCACCAGGACGUCUACCCGUGCCUGACACAGCCCCUCAGGAUGGUGAAGACGAUGCAGAUGCAACACACGGAACACGGCACAACACACUAACUACACGCUCGCCGCUUGAUCACGAGUUAGUGUUGCCUUGUUUAACGUUUGUGUGUGUUUGGGAUGCUGUCUGUUCCUCCUAAAGCCUUUCCCACACUCCCACGCUGACACAAGGGACAGUCAGGGAUUAACCAGUCUAACCUAACCAACCCAACAAACCUAACCUAACCCCAAAAAUAGACUCCACUUUAAUCUGAGUUUUCUGAGUCAAGCAAAUCAUUCUGUUACUCUGUUCUUUCAGUGGUUCAAAAUAUAUCACAGAGUUCACAGAGAUAGACUAACCUAACCUAUCCUAACCUAACCUACCAAUAGAUUCCAGUAUUUCAUCGAUUUUCUGAGUCUGUCAAGUCAGAUCUAUUCUUCCAGGGGUUUAAAUCACAUCACAGUGGGUACACAAUACAGGCUGGCAGGGGAGGGAGGGAUUUCAAAACUGUCCCAUGGCUGGCUUUACAAUGGAGUGAGUAUCGACAGCAUCCCCAAGCCACCUCCUCGUCCAUGGCUGCAGUCCCAGUGAUGUCCCUAAACAACUAAGCUCUCUCCUGGUCACUGUAUUCUAAGGUUUUAUACGCCGGUGACCGCAUUCCAAUUGUAGCAUUACUUUAAGGGUUAGCAUAAGGCCUGGCAUCCAGCUCUGCAUCUGUGUCCUCAUCCGUGCUAGUGAAGUAUCAAGGUCACUGUACUAAGCUUAUAUACACCAGUGACAGCAUUCCAAUAUUAGCAUUAGUUUAAGGGUUAGCGUAAGGCCAAGUGUCCAUCUCUGCAUCUGUGUCCUCAUCUGUGCCAGUGAAGUAUCAAGGUCACUUUACUAAGCUUCUAUACACCAGUGACUGCAUUUCAAUAGUUGCAUUACUUUAAGAGUUAGCGUAAGGCCAGGCAUCCAUCUCUGCAUCCGUGUCCUCAUCGGUGCUGGUGAGGAAUCGGACACAAUGGAAGAGGCAGAGAAAUGUUUAUUAAUUCCACGAAGACCGAGACAUUUUUUUUAUAGUACAGGAAGCAGCUCAAGGGAAAAAAUAACUGCAAAAAAUAUCAAAGAGGAAUAAGAAAUGGAGGCAGAGAAAUGAUUAUUAAUUCCAUGAAGACUGAGACAUUUUUUUAUAGUACAGGAAGCAGCUCAAGGGAAAAAAUAACUGCAAGAAAUAUCAAACAGGAAUAAGAAAUGGAGGCAGAAAAGUGUCCAUUAAUUCUACCAAGGCUGAGACUGUGGUGUUAUUUUGUACAUUAAAGAAAGCAGUUUAAGGGAAAAAAAAGCAACUAAAAAAAUCAAAGAGGAAUAGGAAAAUAGAGGCAGGGAAGACAUUAAUACUACCAGGGCUGAGGCUGUGACAUUUUUUUGUAGUAAAGGAGCUCAAGGAAAAAAA